UGCUUAUUUUGGGCAGUCCUACCAGGGACGAUUCCUGCCAAGAAAGAAGCUGGACCGGUCUUUUUUAUUUUGAUUUUGAUUUUUGGGGGUGGCAGCGGUGUGCUGCCGAGCCGCCUGCUGAGAUGAGCUCCGGUGCCUGCCUGUAGUUGCCCACUUUGGGAUCGCUGGACACAUAAGUGGCAUUUCGCUGGGGGAAGCCUGCAGACAUGUGAGAAUGGUUGGACCACUGCAGUGGCACACUGAUUUUUGUGGAUCGUGAAUACAAAAGGGGAUUCAGAAGACACCAUCCGAGUUAUUCUGGCUCAUGACUUGAGUGCUUUCUAUUCUUAGACAAAUGAGGAUCUGAAAUAUGUAGACUGAGAAUAACACAUGUCCAGGUUAAAUCUGCAUCCUACAAGAAGUAUUUGAUGGAUUAUUCCUAGACGUUUCUACGAAGGUAAAUACAAAAAAAUAUUCCAUUCUGACUGCUACACGGGUGUCAUUAUUUUAAUGUUGAAUACUCAGACAAGAGUGCCAUGGAUGUAAAAGAAAGGAAACCGUAUCGAUCUCUGACUCGGCGCCGCGACACGGAGCGCCGCUACACCAGCUCUUCAGCCGAGAGUGAGGACAGCAAGGUUCCUCAGAAGUCCUAUAGCUCCAGUGAGACCCUGAAGGCUUAUGAUCAAGACUCCAGGUUGACCUACAGCAAUCGGGUCAAAGACAUGGUGCAUCAGGAGGCCGAUGAAUUCUGCCGAGCAGGAGCCAACUUCUCUUUGCGGGAGCUGGGUCUUGAAGACGUGACGCCCACCCAUGGGACUUUGUACCGGACUGAUAUUGGGCUGCCUCACUGCGGCUACUCCAUCAGCGCUGGCUCAGAUGCCGACACGGAGGCGGAUGUGGUCAUGUCACCUGAGCACCCCGUGAGGCUCUGGGGACGCAACACCAAAUCCGGACGCAGCUCCUGCUUGUCGAGCCGGGCCAACUCCAACCUCACCCUCACCGACACGGAGCAUGAGAACACUGAAACCGAUCAUCCUCCGAAUCUUCAAAAUCAUUCAAGACUCAGAACUCCACCACCUCCAAUAUCGCAUGCUCACACCCCAAACCAACAUCACGCAGCCUCCAUCAAUUCCCUGAACAGAGGGAACUUCACUCCACGCAGCAACCCAAGCCCAGCUCCCACAGACCACUCUCUGUCAGGGGAACAACCAGCCAGCACUCAAGAACCAGCCCACGCUCAGGACAACUGGUUACUGAACAGUAACAUCCCGCUGGAGACCAGAAACAUAGCAAAGCAGACAUUCCUAGAGACAUUGCAGGACAACCUCAUUGAGAUGGACAUUCUCACCUCCUCCCGACAUGACGGUGCUUACAAUGAUGGGCACUUCCUGUUUAAACCUGGAGGCACUUCUCCCCUUUUUUGUACAACGUCGCCGGGAUAUCCCUUGACGUCCAGCACUGUGUACUCACCUCCCCCUAGGCCCCUUCCCAGAAGUACCUUCUCUAGGCCUGCCUUUAACCUGAAGAAGCCCUAUAAGUACUGUAACUGGAAAUGCGCUGCCCUGAGCGCCAUUGUCAUCUCGGUCACACUGGUGAUCCUGCUGGCGUAUUUCAUAGCCAUGCACCUGUUUGGCCUAAACUGGCACCUGCAGCCGAUGGAAGGGCAGAUGUAUGAAAUCACGGAAGACACAGCCAGCAGUUGGCCAAUGCCAACGGACGUCUCCUUAUAUCCUUCGGGGGGCACAGGGUUAGAGUUACCUGACAGGAAAGGCAAAGGAACCAGUGAAGGAAAGCCCAGUAGUUUCUUUCCAGACGACAGUUUUAUAGACUCUGGAGAAAUUGAUGUUGGCAGACGAGCCACACAGAAGAUCCCUCCUGGUAUCUUUUGGAGAUCUCAGGUGUUCAUCGACCACCCAGUGCAUCUGAAAUUCAAUGUGUCUUUAGGAAAGGCCGCUCUGGUUGGCAUCUAUGGCAGAAAAGGCCUUCCACCAUCACAUACGCAGUUUGACUUUGUCGAGCUCCUCGAUGGAAGACGCCUGCUGACCCAGGAGGCGAGAGGCUUGGAAGGACCUCAGAGGCAACACAGAACCUUUGUGCCCUUGUCCAGCCACGAGACGGGGUUUAUCCAGUACUUGGAUUCAGGCAUAUGGCAUUUGGCCUUCUACAAUGAUGGCAAGGAGUCGGAAGUGGUUUCUUUCCUUACCACUGCCAUUGAAUCAGUGGAUAACUGUCCCAGUAACUGCUACGGGAAUGGAGACUGCGUGUCUGGGACUUGCCAUUGCUUCCUUGGCUUUCUGGGCCCUGACUGUGGUAGAGCAUCCUGCCCGGUGCUGUGCAGUGGGAACGGGCAGUACAUGAAAGGGAGGUGCUUGUGCCACAGUGGCUGGAAAGGAGCAGAAUGCGACGUCCCGACCAACCAGUGCAUCGAUGUCACCUGCAGUAACCAUGGGACGUGCAUCAUGGGGACCUGCAUCUGCAACCCAGGGUACAAGGGCGAGAGCUGUGAAGAAGUGGAUUGCAUGGACCCUACCUGCUCGGGACGAGGAGUGUGCGUGCGCGGAGAGUGUCACUGUUCGGUCGGCUGGGGAGGAACCAACUGCGAGACCCCGAGAGCCACGUGUCUGGAUCAGUGCUCUGGUCACGGGACCUUCCUCCCCGAUACCGGCCUCUGCAGCUGCGAUCCUAACUGGACUGGACACGAUUGCUCCAUCGAGAUCUGUGCAGCAGACUGCGGAGGACACGGCGUUUGCGUCGGAGGCACCUGCCGCUGCGAGGAGGGCUGGAUGGGCACAGCCUGUGAUCAGCGAGCGUGUCACCCACGCUGCAAUGAGCACGGGACAUGCCGGGAUGGCAAGUGUGAAUGCAGCCCGGGCUGGAACGGAGAGCACUGCACUAUUGAGGGAUGCCCUGGCUUGUGCAAUGGGAACGGCAGAUGCACUCUGGACAUGAACGGCUGGCACUGCGUCUGCCAGCUGGGCUGGAGAGGAGCGGGCUGCGAUACUUCCAUGGAGACGGCAUGCGGCGACGGGAAGGACAACGAUGGAGAUGGCCUGGUGGAUUGCAUGGACCCAGACUGCUGCUUGCAGCCACUGUGCCAUGUCAAUGCUCUGUGCCUGGGCUCCCCGGACCCCCUGGAUAUCAUCCAGGAGACACAAGCACCCAUCUCCCAGCAGAGCCUGCAUUCGUUCUACGAUCGGAUCAAGUUCCUGAUUGGCAAAGACAGCACUCAUGUCAUCCCAGGAGACAAUCCCUUCGAGGGAGGACACGCAUGCGUGAUUCGAGGCCAGGUGAUGACAGCGGAUGGGACCCCCCUGGUUGGAGUCAACAUCAGUUUUGUCAACAAUCCUCUUUUUGGAUACACCAUCAGCAGACAAGAUGGCAGCUUCGAUCUCGUUACCAUCGGCGGGAUCUCCAUUAUCCUGCACUUUGAGCGGGCUCCCUUCAUCACCCAGGAGCACACGCUGUGGUUGCCGUGGGAUCGCUUCUUUGUCAUGGAGACCAUCGUCAUGAGACACGAAGAGAAUGAGAUCCCGAGCUGCGAUCUCAGUAACUUUGCUCGACCCAACCCUGUGGUCUCACCAUCUCCGCUGACGGCUUUUGCGAGUUCCUGCUCCGAGAAAGGUCCUAUCGUUCCCGAAAUCCAGGCUCUACAAGAGGAGAUUAACGUUUCCGGUAGUAAAAUAAAAGUGAGUUACCUGAGCAGUCGCACGGCUGGCUACAAAUCAGUCCUGAGGAUCAGCAUGACCCACCCCACCAUCCCCUUCAACCUCAUGAAAGUCCACCUCAUGGUGGCCGUCGAGGGACGCCUCUUCAGAAAGUGGUUUGCAGCUGCUCCGGACCUGUCCUAUUAUUUCAUCUGGGAUAAGACAGAUGUCUACAGCCAGAAGGUGUAUGGGCUUUCAGAAGCCUUCGUUUCCGUGGGUUAUGAGUACGAGUCGUGUCCUGACUUGAUCCUGUGGGAGAAGAGGACAGCUGUGCUUCAGGGUUAUGAAAUUGAUGCUUCCAAACUUGGAGGAUGGUCCCUGGACAAACACCAUGCCCUCAACAUACAAAGUGGUAUCUUGCAUAAAGGAAAUGGGGAAAACCAGUUUAUUUCCCAGCAGCCGCCUGUAAUUGGAAGCAUUAUGGGCAAUGGCCGUAGACGUAGCAUUUCUUGUCCAAGCUGCAAUGGUCUUGCAGAUGGGAACAAACUCCUGGCUCCUGUUGCCCUAACAUGUGGAUCUGAUGGAAGUCUUUAUGUUGGAGAUUUCAACUACAUCCGAAGAAUCUUUCCCUCUGGCAAUGUCACCAACAUACUGGAACUAAGCCACAGCCCAGCUCAUAAGUAUUACUUGACCACAGAUCCAAUCACCGGCUCCAUCUACCUCUCUGACACCAACAGCCGACGUAUCUACAAAAUCAAGUCAACCACCUCAGUGAAAGACAUGGUGAAGAAUUCAGAGGUCUUGGCUGGAACUGGAGACCAGUGCCUCCCGUUCGAUGAUACCCGCUGCGGAGACGGAGGCAAAGGCACCGACGCUACUCUUACAAAUCCCAGGGGCAUCACCGUGGACAAGUUUGGCCUAAUUUACUUUGUUGAUGGCACUAUGAUCAGGCGGAUCGAUCAGAAUGGCAUCAUCUCAACAGUGUUGGGUUCCAAUGACUUGACAUCUGCUCGGCCUCUCAGCUGUGACUCUGUCAUGGACAUUUCUCAGGUUCGUCUCGAAUGGCCCACGGAUCUGGCAGUCAACCCGAUGGAUAAUUCCCUGUAUGUGCUCGACAACAACGUUGUGUUACAGAUUUCUGAGAACCACCAAGUGCGCAUAGUGGCAGGGAGGCCCAUGCACUGCCAGGUCCCAGGGAUGGAUCACUUCCUCCUUAGCAAGGUGGCAAUACACGCCACCCUGGAGUCUGCCACUGCCCUGGCUGUCUCACAUAAUGGGGUCCUAUAUAUUGCUGAAACUGAUGAGAAAAAGAUCAACCGCAUCAGGCAGGUUACCACCAAUGGAGAGAUUUCUCUCGUUGCUGGUGCCCCGAGCAGCUGUGACUGCAAGAAUGAUGCUAACUGUGACUGCUUCUCCGGGGAUGAUGGCUACGCCAAGGACGCCAAACUCAAUGCACCGUCCUCCCUUGCAGUGUGUGCAGACGGAGAGCUGUACGUCGCUGAUCUUGGAAAUAUCCGAAUACGCUUCAUACGGAAAAACAAACCAUUCCUCAACACGCAAAAUAUGUAUGAGUUAUCCUCACCCAUAGACCAGGAACUCUACUUGUUUGACACCAGCGGUAAGCACCUAUAUACUCAGAGCCUUACCACUGGAGAUUAUCUUUACAAUUUUACUUAUUCUGGAGAUGGAGAUAUAACCCUUAUCACUGACAACAAUGGCAACUUAGUCAAUAUCCGAAGAGAUUCCACGGGGAUGCCCCUCUGGCUUGUGGUGCCCGAUGGCCAAGUCUACUGGGUGACAAUUGGUACCAACAGCGCACUCAAGAGUGUAACCACACAGGGACAUGAAGUGGCCAUGAUGACUUACCAUGGCAACUCUGGUCUCCUUGCCACCAAAAGCAAUGAGAAUGGCUGGACAACUUUUUACGAGUACGACAGCUUUGGCCGCCUGACCAACGUCACCUUCCCCACUGGCCAAGUGAGCAGCUUCCGCAGCGACACCGACAGCUCCGUGCACGUCCAGGUGGAGACCUCCAGCAAGGAUGAUGUUACAAUAACAACCAAUUUGUCGGCGUCGGGAGCCUUCUACACCCUGCUCCAAGACCAAGUCCGAAACAGCUACUACAUCGGUGCUGACGGCUCUCUCAGACUGAUGCUGGCCAAUGGCAUGGAGGUGGCCCUGCAGACUGAGCCACAUCUGCUGGCUGGCACCGUCAACCCCACCGUGGGCAAGAGGAACGUCACCCUGCCCAUCGACAACGGCCUCAAUCUCGUGGAGUGGAGGCAGAGGAAGGAGCAAGCACGGGGGCAGGUCACCGUCUUUGGACGUCGCCUGAGGGUUCACAACAGAAACCUGCUGUCCCUCGACUUCGAUCGUGUGACAAGAACAGAGAAAAUCUAUGAUGACCACCGCAAGUUCACGCUCCGCAUCCUCUAUGACCAGGCCGGGAGGCCCAGCCUCUGGUCACCCAGCAGCAGACUCAACGGGGUCAAUGUGACCUAUUCCCCUGGAGGACACAUUGCAGGCAUUCAGAGGGGCACAAUGUCAGAAAGGAUGGAGUACGAUCAGUCUGGCAGAAUUACAUCCAGGAUCUUUGCUGAUGGCAAAUCAUGGAGCUACACUUACCUGGAGAAAUCCAUGGUGCUGCUCCUUCACAGCCAGAGACAGUACAUCUUUGAGUUUGAUAAGAAUGACCGUCUGUCAUCGGUGACCAUGCCCAACGUUGCCCGGCAGACUUUAGAAACCAUCCGUUCCAUCGGUUACUACAGGAACAUCUACCGACCCCCAGAAGGCAACGCCUCAGUAAUUCAGGAUUUCACAGAGGAUGAGCAGCUCCUCCACACAUUGUACUUGGGGACAGGGAGACGUGUCAUCUACAAGUAUGGAAAGUUGUCCAAGUUAGCUGAGAUGCUCUACGACACCACAAAGAUCAGUUUCACCUAUGAUGAAACUGCUGGCAUGCUGAAGACAAUAAACUUGCAGAAUGAAGGGUUCACAUGUACCAUCAGAUACAGGCAGAUAGGACCCCUCAUUGAUCGGCAGAUUUUCCGCUUCACUGAGGAAGGCAUGGUGAAUGCACGUUUUGACUAUAAUUAUGACAACAGUUUUAGGGUGACCAGCAUGCAAGCAGUCAUCAAUGAGACACCUUUACCCAUCGAUCUCUACAGGUAUGAUGAUGUGUCGGGCAAAACUGAGCAAUUUGGUAAAUUUGGAGUCAUUUACUACGAUAUCAACCAGAUUAUCACCACUGCUGUCAUGACUCACACUAAACAUUUUGAUGCCUAUGGCAGAAUGAAGGAGGUCCAGUACGAAAUAUUCCGGUCACUCAUGUACUGGAUGACUGUGCAGUAUGACAACAUGGGGAGAGUUGUUAAGAAAGAGCUAAAGGUUGGACCUUAUGCAAACACAACAAGGUACUCAUAUGAGUAUGAUGCUGAUGGCCAGUUGCAGACCGUGUCUAUCAAUGACAAACCACUCUGGCGUUACAGCUAUGACCUAAAUGGAAACCUCCAUUUGUUGAGUCCGGGGAAUAGUGCCCGUCUUACUCCCCUCAGAUACGACCUCAGGGAUAGGAUUACUAGACUGGGGGAUGUGCAGUACAAAAUGGAUGAAGAUGGCUUCCUGAAGCAAAGAGGCAAUGACAUUUUUGAGUACAAUUCAGCUGGUCUGCUCAUCAAAGCCUACAACAAAGCCAGUGGCUGGAGCGUCAAGUACCGCUACGACGGCCUAGGAAGGAGAGUCUCUAGCAAAACCAGCCAUGGCCAUCACUUGCAGUUCUUCUAUGCAGACCUGACCAGCCCAACCAAGGUCACCCAUCUGUACAACCACUCGAGCUCAGAGAUCACCUCCCUGUAUUAUGAUCUCCAAGGCCACCUCUUUGCAAUGGAGCUCAGCAGUGGCGAUGAAUUUUACAUAGCCUGUGAUAACAUUGGCACUCCUCUGGCUGUCUUCAGCGGGACUGGAUUAAUGAUUAAGCAGAUACUAUACACAGCAUAUGGGGAGAUCUAUAUGGACACCAAUCCCAACUUCCAGAUCAUCAUCGGCUACCAUGGAGGACUGUAUGAUCCCCUCACAAAGCUCAUCCACAUGGGACGGAGAGACUAUGAUGUGCUAGCAGGUCGGUGGACAAGUCCAGACCAUGAUAUGUGGAAGCACCUGAGUAGCAAUAACAUCAUGCCUUUCAACCUGUAUAUGUUCAAAAACAAUAAUCCCAUUAGCAACUCUCAGGAUAUCAAAUGCUACAUGACAGAUGUCAACAGCUGGCUACUCACCUUUGGGUUCCAGCUACACAACGUCAUCCCUGGAUACCCCAAGCCAGACAUAGAUGCCAUGGAGCCAUCAUAUGAGCUUAUCCACACGCAGAUGAAAACCCAAGAAUGGGACAACAGCAAGUCAAUUUUAGGGGUCCAGUGUGAAGUGCAGAAGCAGCUGAAGGCAUUUGUCACCCUUGAGCGCUUUGAACGGAUCUACAGCUCCAGCAUCGCCGGGUGCCAGCAGGUCAAGAAGAACAAGAACUUUGCCUCCGGAGGCUCUAUCUUUGGCAAAGGCGUCAAGUUUGCCAUGAAGGACGGGCGCGUGGCCACCGACAUCAUCAGCGUGGCCAAUGAGGAUGGGCGGAGGAUCGCAGCCAUCUUGAACAAUGCCCAUUACCUAGAGAACUUGCACUUCACCAUUGACGGGGUGGACACGCACUACUUCAUCAAGCAGGGCCCGUCAGAGGGCGACUUGUCCAUCUUAGGCCUCAGUGGCGGGCGCAGGACCCUGGAGAAUGGUGUCAAUGUCACGGUGUCCCAGAUCAACACAGUGCUGGGUGGAAGGACUAGACGUUACACGGACAUCCAGCUGCAGUACGGCGCGCUGUGUCUGAACACUCGCUACGGGACCACUAUGGACGAGGAGAAGGCCCGCGUCCUGGAGCUGGCCCGGCAGCGCGCCGUCGCCCAAGCCUGGGCCCGGGAACAGCAGAGACUGCGGGAUGGGGAGGAGGGGAUUCGCUCGUGGACAGAAGGGGAGAAGCAACAAGUGCUAAACACAGGCCGGGUACAGGGCUACGACGGCUAUUUUGUGAUCUCAGUGGAGCAGUACCCAGAACUCUCAGACAGCGCCAACAACAUCCACUUCAUGAGACAGAGUGAAAUGGGCAGAAGGUGACAGAGAGGGUCGAUAUGGUGACUUCUUGCCAAAGACAGCUACUCUUUUGUGGCCACUUACCUGACUGUGUUGUACUCAAUCCUUUUUCUAAACUGAACAAGGUGGGGGGGAGGAAAAUUAGAAAGAGAAGGAAUAAUACGGUUGCACUGUAACUCAUGCAACAUACUUUUUUUCCCGUUUAAUUUGGCCUUCACACGUUUUUUGCAAUGAACAGAAGGAAUAUUUUGCCGUAGUGUGAUCACAGUGAAAUUUUACUGUCUCUUGUCCUUUUUAUUUUUCCCCUUUGUGAGGAAUUUGAAGUGGGGAGUCGUCAACAUACGUCCUUAGGUGUGAAGUGAGAAAUGGGUGUCUGUGCUAACAUGUGUCAUCCUAACCCUUUCUGACCUGGGGCAGGGACAGAUAGCCUUCCACCCAAAAAAUGGGGAGCCCACGGCGUGCUGGAGAGCUCUUCCUGAGAAGAAAGGAAAAGGAAGACGACACUGAUUCCUAAACUCCGAAAGCGACCGUCUGAAUCAUGUGCCUCAAAAGAGACGUUAUGAGUAGUUUUCACGUUUCACUUGGGACUUGAAGUGUUUUUUGGGGGCUCCUGCUGAGCAGAAGUAGAUUAUAGAGGCGAAGGAGCUGAUUAUAUUAACUUGCAAGAUGAUUCUCUUCCUUCCUGAACUGGAAUAAAAAAAAAAAAAUCAGUCUUUUUUUAUUAUGAGAGUAGAUACUUUUUGUUUGUUUUUGUGUGUGUGUGCAAAUCCUGGUUUUAGUUAAAACCUAGCAAAAGCCAAGAAAGGGACUCCUGGCUCUAUUGAGAAAAGCUAAAAUAAAUCCUCUCUCUCAUACGUAGAGCUGUUCUAUAGGUGGAUUUAAUGCACCCAUGUUGUACAUUUGCUAAUGGCAUUACUUCAUUAAAUGUAUAGUGUUUCAGUA